AUGUAUAAAUUUAAGGACAAGAACUUACGGGGCCAAGCAGCUUCCACCCAUGCGCAGAAUCUGAUUGCACGUGUCGAAGCUAAGAAAGAUGCAGCGGUUGAAAAGUACAAGUGUGAUCACACUCAGGGCACCAGGAUGAUCUCUUGGAUCUGGCUGGUCACAGAUGGAGACACCAGUCCAUCUGAGAGCGAUCAUGUUCAAGACUGCCACUGGUGGCAUCAGCGUGCAACUCUGCACUCAUUGGUGAAGACUAGUGAGCAAGAGGGCUUGCAGGCAUAUGCACACCAUCAAGCUGCACUCCAUUCUGCAAUGUGGAACUCAUUCCAAGCCCAUUGGAGCUUCAUUGCUCAGCUCAAUCCCACUCCUGCAGUCCCUGUACCAGUUCCCAAUGAUGACAGUGGCCCUUCAAUUGAUGCACCUCCUGUAGUUGUGGACUUUUGA